AUGUCUUCCCGGCCGGAGCUCAAGGUCGACGAUGAGGCUGGCUUCGUCAAGACCUUCUAUCAGCUCGAGAAGGAAAAGCCCAAAGAUUCCAUUCGCAUCUUCGACCGCGGCGACUUUCUCUCAGCCCACGGCGACGAUGCUGAAUUCAUCGCCAAUGUCCAGUACAAGACCACUUCCGUCUUGAAGACCUUGGGCAGAAAUCCUGGGCUUCCAUCAGUGACAAUGACCGUCACUGUCUUCCGCACAUUCCUCCGGGACGCUAUCUUCCGACUUGGAAGAAGGAUCGAAGUUCUGGAAAGCUCCGGCCGGAGUCAGUGGAAAGUCACCAAGCAAGCCUCACCAGGCAAUCUCCAGGACAUCGAGGAUGAUCUGGGCGGCCACGUCGAGUCGGCACCUAUCAUCCUGGCCGUCAAGGUGUCAGCAAAGCCUAACGACGCCCGGAAUGUUGGCGUCUGCUUCGCUGAUGCCAGUGUGCGAGAACUUGGUGUGAGCGAAUUUGUCGACAAUGACAUAUAUUCCAACUUUGAGGCACUCAUCAUUCAGCUCGGUGUCAAAGAAUGUCUCAUUCAAACAGAUCUCUCCAAGAAAGAUGCAGAACUGCACAAGCUGAAGACCAUCGCCGACAACUGCAAUUGUGCCGUCUCUGAGAGACCAAUCGGAGACUUCAGUGCCAGGGACACAGAACAGGACCUGGCGAGGCUACUACGCGACGAGAAAGCAACUGCUGCCCUGCCGCAGACCGACCUAAAGCUCGCAAUGGCAUCUGCGGCCGCUUUGAUGAAGUAUCUUGGCAUCAUGUCUGAUCCGAGCAACUUUGGCAAUUACCAGCUCUACCAGCACGACUUGACCCAAUACAUGAAACUCGACUCCUCAGCUUUGAAGGCUCUGAACCUAAUGCCUGGGCCGAGGCACGGGUCCAAGACGAUGAAUCUGUUCGGUCUCCUCAACCACUGCAAGACACCCGUCGGAAGUCGGCUCCUGGCACAAUGGCUGAAGCAACCUUUGAUGAGCCUAGAGGAAAUUGAGAAACGUCAGCAGCUUGUCGAAGCGUUCGUUAACGACACCGAACUCAGACAGACAUUGCAAGAGGAACAUCUACGAUCCAUACCUGACUUAUAUCGCUUGGCCAAGAAAUUCCAGCGCAAGAAGGCAAAUCUUGAAGAUGUGGUGAGAGCAUAUCAAGUCGCGAUUCGAAUACCAGAUUUCAUCGGCACUUUCGAAGGAGUCAUGGAUGAAGCAUACAAGAACGCAUUGGACGAGACUUAUACGAACAAGCUUCGAAGCUACUCGGAUAGCUUGGCCAAGCUUCAAGAAAUGGUCGAAACAACUGUAGACCUGGAAGCGCUGGACCAUCACGAGUUCAUCAUCAAGCCAGAGUUCGACGACACUCUUCGUGUCAUCCGCAAGAAGCUGGACACUCUCCGAUACAACAUAGAUAAGGAACAUGAGCGUGUUGGCAGCGACCUUGGACUCGACACAGAAAAGAAGCUGCUGCUCGAGAACCACAGAGUUCAUGGAUGGUGCCUACGUCUUACACGGACCGAAGCCAGCGUAAUCCGAGGCAAGAAGCACUACCCCGAAAUUGCCACGCAGAAGAAUGGCACUUACUUCACCACACGUAAGCUCCAAGAGAUGCGACGCGAAUUCGACCAGCUCUCGGAGAACUACAACAGGACUCAAUCUGGUCUCGUCAACGAAGUCGUCAACGUUGCGGCAUCAUACUGCCCCGUUAUUGAGCAACUUGCCGGCGUACUGGCACACCUAGACGUAAUCGUUAGUUUCGCUCACGUCUCCGUCCACGCUCCAGCGGCAUAUGUUAGACCUAAGAUUCACCCUCGUGGCACAGGCAGCACAAACCUGAAAGAAGCCCGACAUCCGUGCCUGGAAAUGCAAGACGACGUCCAAUUCAUCACCAACGACGUCACCCUCGCCCGAGAAUCCAGCGAAUUCCUCAUCAUCACAGGUCCAAACAUGGGCGGAAAAUCCACAUACAUCCGGCAAAUCGGCGUCAUCGCCCUCAUGGCCCAAAUCGGCUGUUUCGUCCCUUGCACAGAAGCAGAACUCACCCUCUUCGACUGCAUCCUCGCCCGAGUAGGAGCAAGCGACAGCCAACUGAAAGGCGUCUCCACAUUCAUGGCCGAAAUGCUCGAAACCUCCAACAUCCUCAAAACCGCAACCAAAGAAUCUCUCGUAAUCAUCGACGAACUCGGACGAGGAACUUCCACUUACGACGGCUUUGGUCUCGCAUGGGCAAUUUCCGAACACAUAAUCAAAGAAAUCGGAGCUUUCGCCAUGUUCGCCACACAUUUCCACGAAUUGACUGCUUUGGUCGAUACGUACCCCCAAGUCCAGAACUUGCACGUCGUCGCACAUAUCAGUGGCGAGGCUGAAGACACGGACAUGACAAACAACGGCACAUCCACCCGCCGCCGCGAAGUAACCCUCCUCUAUAAAGUCAUCCCAGGAAUCUCCGAUCAAUCCUUCGGAAUCCACGUCGCCGAACUCGUCCGCUUCCCACAAAAAGUCGUAAACAUGGCGAAACGGAAAGCCGAUGAACUCGAAGACUUCUCCAAGAAAGACGACAAGGAGGAGAAAGAGGAGUUGAAUGGCAAAGCUGCGAAAGAGGAAGUUGAAGAAGGGAGUAGGUUGUUGAAAGAGGUUUUGUACAAGUGGAAGGAAGAGGCGGAAGGGUUGAGUAAGGAGGAACAAGUGCAGAAAAUGCGGGAACUUGUGAAGGGGAAUGAGAAGUUGUUGGCGAAUCCCUUCUUUCAGAGUGUGAAGGCGCUGUGAUGAUGAGUUCACAUGGUGUUGCGCUUUGUUUGAUGGAUGUUUUUGACCUGUGGCAAAUACCACCACGUACGACUUUGCAAGAGUGGUUCGAAUGAAUGGCUGGCUGGCUUUGGAGAUGUUGACAAGCAGAUUGAACCACUCCAAGUGAUACUGCUUCAGUUGCACUUCCGUCUCUCAACCACCGCUUGGCUUUGACCACUGGUAGUCGCAUCAGCUUGCUUGGCCCGGAGACGAUCAGCGAUAUGGCGUCUGGGAGAUGAGAAAGGCACAGCUAUUCCGACCGAAUAAUGAGAAGUAUCAUUUGUUCAAGCACGAGACUGUCUGACUCAAAAUGUCCAAAAUUGCUAGCCGCUUCACCGUAAGAAUUUUGCCUUCCCGAUCGCUAUGCUCGUGAAAAUGCAUCUCAGAAACACGAAUGUCUUAUCUGCUGCAGCGACAGUAUUCGUAUCUUCGGCGGCAGAAUCUGCACGUCGUGAGUCGAUCAACGUCUAUGCGUACCAAACCGAUUGUUUCCACCGCGUCCUUGGCAAAUACAUCGAUUCUAUUCGGGCCGCUCUUCCACCUGCGGAUGACGGCGCCGUCCACUUCCCAAUUUUGAUACCCAUCCACUGUGGGAGGAUCCCAAGUGGAAGACCACAUUGAUGCCGCUGCCGCUGCCGUCUUCGCUGCUGGAGGUAUCGUAAUAUGUACAGGACGUGGUGGAGCUGGUAUUGCAAGAGAAGGACUAACAGAGGAAGGUCGUGCUGGAAGGUCGGCCGCGGGUGGCGGGGAGGGUACAGACGCAGACUUCGGUACAGGUUCACCAAUUGCCCCAAAUUUGCACCCCGAUGGUGCCUCAUAAGCAAGCUCGGAGGGCGCGCUUUGUAGUGCACCCUAUGCAUCUUGAGAUCCCUUCGUGGUGGUCUCAGUCUCAUCAUCUAUUUUGGCCUUUUCGAGCUCUUGUGCAGCGUCAGCGACAUCCUUCUCGGCACCGGCAGAGGCGGAGCCGUUAACUUGCUUCUCGGCAGCGGGCUUGCGGGAUUCUUUCUUCGAGUUAGCAGCGGAAGCAUCAGCAGUGGCCUCCGCUUCGAGCUUGUCAAUCUCAGCCUGAGCAUUGGCGAUGUUCUCCUUCGUCUUGCGGUCCUGGUCUUCCUUCCAGAAGGCAAGCUUCUCUUUGAUCUUCUCAACG